AUUCAGUAAGUUUAUGAAUAUAUAAAAUAUAUUCAUCAGCUAUUACAAAAGUAUGAAAAUAUUCAAAUGUUUUGAAAAAUAUGUCUUCUCUCUAGAUUACUUAAGCAUCACUUAAUAACAGUUAGCAAAAUGACAAGAUCAAAAAAUAAUGCACGAAAAGGUAAAAUGCGUCCAGGAACGUUUCGUGGGGCUCCAAUAGGUGUUUAUGGAUCAAUGCGUCCAGGUAUAAUGGGACCUGGUGGAAAUGGACUCAAUCGAGGUGCUUCCAAUAAAAUUAUGGUUACUCAUCUUUCAUUUGAUCCAUUAAUGGCUGAUUCUCAAUUUAGCAGAGCUACAGAAAAAUUUGAAGACACGCAAUUAAGUGAAGCUUUAGUAAAAAAAAUUCAAGAACUAACACCAUCAACUGCUGAACAAAGCUCUGUACAAAAUUUAGUUUCUAAGGUUGAAGUUGUUGUUGAAAGUUUAAUUAUUUCUUCUGUUGGUUUAAAUAUUCCCAUUGAUGAAGUACGGGCAGUGGGAUCUUACAAAAAGGGAACAAUGCUAUCUGGCCAUCCAGUUGCUGAUCUAGUUGUUAUAUUAAAAGAUACACCAACAGCUGCAGAUAUUGAAAAUUUGGCAAAUAUUGUACAAGAAAAGUUGAAAGGACAGGCUCCUGAUGAAGACUUUCCUACACAAGCCAAUGAAGGAGGAUUCAACACUACUUCCAGUGAGGGUGCUCUAGUAAGAGUACUUGUGACAACAUUACCUAAAAAUUUGUUUGAAGUUGAUUCAGAAAAGCAUGUUGAUGUCAAACUGUUAGAAGGUGCACUUGCAACAAUUCGACAUGCUAGAUGGUUUGAAGAGAAUGCUUCACAUACUACUGUUCGUGUGCUUGUCAGAUUACUAAAAGAUUUAAAAAAAAGAUUCUCUGGUCUUAGUGGUUUGACUCCAUGGCUCAUAGAUUUACUAGCUUUCAAAAGUGCAACUUUACCUUCAAACACAAGAGAUCCACUUUCGAUUAAUGUUGCAUUUAGACGUGCUUUGCAACUACUUGCAGCAGGUUUAUUUUUACCUGGAUCACUUGGGGUAAUUGAUCCUUGUGAGAGUGGUCAGGUUCGUGCACAUAGUGUACUUACUCUUGAAGAACAAGAUAUGCUUUGUCUUACUGCCCAAACACUUAUCAGAGCACUUUGUCAUGGUGCAAUUAACGAAGUUUUGGGUAUUGAGGGUUAUCCUGUUGUUGCAUUAGAUACAGAUAUUACUUCUUGGUGCGGAACUAUAGUCACACCUGGUCAACCUGCUUACAUUAAAGAAGAAAAUAAAAUUGAGUCUGAAACAGAUGUUAAAGACGAAACUUUAUUCGCUUCUAUUGAAAGUUAAAGAAUUGAGGAAUAAAGAAAGAUUUCCUUUGGCUUGUUAUCAGUGAUCUACUGGUAGAGAUUGAGACUUGUUAAGCUCACUUGUGACUAGUUUCAAUCGAUCAUUUUAUAAAUUGGACCUAUUAAUAUUUAUGAUCUUGAAAGAUUUAUGUUUUUAGUA